UGCUUUACACUUCUCCAUUUCCAUAUAUUUCUAGCUUCCAUUGUUGGCUAUGUACGCCAUCAAUUUCCUCCGCAAUUCCACCAUGAAGCUUCCUUCAAGGGUCCUAAGCCUUAGAAAUGCAUCGUGUUCGGGGUUCAAACAUUCGUUUAAUCCCCCUUGUUGUGAUCAAAAGAUUUCUUGCAAAGCGAAAGAUUUUCCCUUGAAUUUCAAUCAAAACUCUCAAUUCUGUGCCUUCCCUUUUCGAUUCUUAGGCUCACAACACAUUAUCAACAAUACCCAGAAUUUGAAUUGCUUACCAAGAUCGGGUUUUGCUUCUUCUAGGCCAUAUGGUGUCUCUAUUCAAGCCAGGGUAGCUUUGAGGGUUCGUUGUUUCUCAACAUUGUUUGAAACCAGUGUAAAAGAUAAGAGUUUCGAGAGACUCCGUGUUCAAAACGAGAAUAACGUUAAGCCACGCAUUGUUGAAAGAGUUGGCAAGGAUGAAAACACCGUAAGAGGAAAUUUUCCUCUAGUUGAAGGUGAAAACAAUGUGAAGAAUGUUGGGGAGGGUUUACAGGAGAAGAAGGGUGGGAUUUUAGCAGAGAGCGACAUCGAAAAGGAGGCAUGGAGUCUGCUGAGAGAUGCAGUUGUGACGUAUUGUGGGUCUCCUGUUGGUACGGUGGCAGCAAAUGAUCCUGGUGAUAAGCAGCCUUUGAAUUAUGACCAGGUUUUCAUUCGUGAUUUCGUGCCUUCGGCUUUGGCUUUCUUGCUUCGAGGUGAAGGAGAGAUUGUCAAGAACUUUCUCCUGCAUACCUUGCAGUUGCAGAGUAGGGAGAAAACUGUGGAUUGCUAUAGUCCAGGACAGGGUUUGAUGCCGGCAAGCUUUAAGGUUACAACUGUACCUCUUGAUGACAAUAAGUUCGAGGAAGUACUAGAUCCAGAUUUCGGUGAAUCCGCUAUUGGUCGUGUUGCACCGGUCGACUCUGAUUGGAUUGCGGUGGAUCAUAUUGUUGAGGGCAUACGGGAAGAUCACAGGUGA